GACGUGGUAGGAGUCGGUUCUUUACCUUCGGCUCGACUCGGUCCUAAUCGGUUUUCAUCGGCUACUCGUGCUUCUCAUACAUACAAUCAUUGGAUUCGCGACUUGAAUAUAUUCGUUUCCAUUGUGAAUAUUUUCAUGUAAUUUGACAUUUGUGAAAAACGUUUGAUUUAAUGAAAAGCGAAAAGCUUGGAUGCUAACAGAAAAAAGAGAAAAAAGAACGAAUGACAGGUCGUUGCACUUGCUGCGUCCAACUAGUGUCGACGCUUCGUUAAAUUUCCGUGCAUGAUUUGUGUUUACUGGCCGCGCGUUAUACCGUUAUUUGUGACACUAGUAAACUGCGAAAUUUCGUGACAUCGUGACUCUCUUUGUGUUCUCAUCCCGAUACUUUCGAACAUUGUGAUCUUUUCUCGAUUUUCGAGACAUUUAUCGUAUCUGAAACUCGUUCAAAAUUUAAAUCAUCGAAAAACGGAACAAGUGAGAUCGUGACAAGAAAGCACAUAGAACGACCUGUUGUGUUGUGGGAUAGCGAUCCAACAGGAAGACACGUACGUUUCUGUGCCUGUCGAGACUCGUUUUACGCCGCUAGAAAAGUGAACAGUGUAUGGCGACGCGUUUCUGAACAUUGAACGCCAGUUCAAAUUUACACUCCACAUUGUGAUCGGUUGGUACGAUUUAAAGAUCGAAUCCUUUGCGGUGGGACAGCAGCGAGUCGAGUAAGAGGAAAGGCAAAUUCACAGAAAAAUUCCAGCAAUAAUGCGUACCGUGAGCGAAGCGAUGAAACAUCGUGCGAUCAGCUGACUAGCCGAACUAUUCGGCGGUCGUGAAAACUCAGCCGAUAGCGAGAAUCGGCAGAGGAGCGGCAAGAACUCUCAAAAACGACAGCAACCUAGAUUGCCUACUUGUUCGGUUAUGACGUUUGGUACACCAUUUCACACAGAGAAGUCGCAGUUCGUCGGCGAUAACCCUACUCGGCCCAGCACCAUGGCGGCUGAGGAGGGUGCGCUGAGUGGCGGACUCGGGGCGAAAUUAAAAUGUCCGACCCCUAUAUCACGCUUGAGGGUGGAGAAGAUCGAGGGUGGCCUGAUGGUAGCUGGGGUUGUAAUAGCUGCGAACUGCCAGAUUGCUCUUCCGGCAUUCGGCUUCCUCUUUAUGCUCGUCGGCGCUGUACUCACCGCUGCGUCGUAUCGUGGGCCAGGGGAGGACGAGGACAAGGACUCGUACGCGGCUAGGAUCGCAUUCACAGGAAAUUCGCGGAUCCUGGGACCUAUUUGUAUAGUCGUGGGCGCCCUUAUGCUCGCCCUAGGCGUGCUACUCUGCAUGCUCACCAGAAGGGCGAGAAGAAGGGAGCGCAGGGUCGGCUUCCAUUGCCCUCUUCACGGCGAUUUUUAUCCCGUUAGUCCUGUUCAAGGUGUCAAGAUGCUUGGAUUGUCGGGAAAGAAUGUUAGCGGCUGGUCGAAAAUUCCUUGUCUGAAAGGUCGUUCCUCGAGCAAAGGGAGCGCAUCCUCUGGCGGACACGUCGGUCCCCCGCAAUGUCCACACUCGGUGUUGAGCAGCACUCGCAGUUCAGUGAGCAGUUCGCCAUUGAGCCCAUGCCCAACACCAAUGCCAUUUUUGGUCACUUCAGGCUCGGUCAGUAGCGGGAUGGUGCAAAGUGUCGGUGCUAAUUUAUCCCCGGACCAAACAUUCGGAUCGAUUCGAUCGCUGUCAGUUACGAGAGAAGUGGCCAGUUUCCCUCUGUCGAGAACGCCUACGCCGCCCCCGCAACACAGAUCAUCCACAUUGACAAAUCCAGAAGAUCUAGUAAAUGUCGGAAGUCCCUUGAGGGAAGCAUCGCCCCGACCGGAAGUACGGGUGGUUGCACCUGCACAUCGACCUCCCUCUGUCCUUGCGACGGUCAACAACACAAACAACACCAACAACGGAUCUGCGAAUCGCAAAUCGGUCAGCAUACUGCUUCCCGAACACUCGAGUGGAUGACCCCAACAGCAACAUGGCUUUGUGCAUCGUUGCGACAAGGACCCUCCAACGAUUUAGGAAUCCAACGGAAACGAAACGACGAAGGAUAGAAGCAACGAUGACGAGACUCGAUUGCGCGACGAACGAGACACGAGAUAUUCGUCGGACAAUCGGCGAACAUCGGCGGAUAUCGGCGAACAUCGGCGUUGCCAGCCGAAUCUAGCCGAAUUUAACCGAGCCGCGACGAUGAUUCGCGAGCAAUUUAUUACGGGCAUUCGUUCUUGGCAGCCAGAUCUCUGAAAAAGUGGUCCAUCGAUAUUCGACUAAUAUAGAUUAAACGAAAUAGACAGACGAAGUUAAUUCACGCUAUUGGCAAACAUUCAAUUAUCGGUUUCGCCCCGCCAGCCGGAAUUGCUGGAUAAUUCACGCUGCCGGAGCGAUAGCCGAGUAAACGAACCGUUCGUCUGUAAUUGCUUUAAAACUAACUAAUUCAUUCGCGUUAUAUCUCAUAGAAUGUCUUGUUUUGUUUUGUUUUGUUUUUAUUAAGCGCUACUGCUCUGUCACCGUAUGCACGUGUUACGAAAGAAAACUGUAUUGAGGAUUCUUAUAAAGAUAAUAUGUUCGUGUCUAUGAUGAAAACUUGUUUACUUUCUUCGAUGAACGAGACGUGGAAAGAUUUUCGGAAACGUAACAACUUUGAAUUCACACCGGAACAAUUUGUAAUUAAAUCGUUUUAUUAUUCCCAAGAUCUAAUGGAAGCUCAAAUUCUUUGUAGCGUAUCUUGAGAGUAAUAAUUUGUCGAAUCUUGCACGGUCUGAUACCGUAUAAUGUUAAGAAAUAUAAUCCUGCCAUGCGAGAAGGUGAUAUAGAUUUCUUAUCUCUUCUUCUUUUGCAAAAAUAUUUCUUUUUGUUUAAGUUGCAUUUAUUUCGCUAUUUCAGAAAUGAAAACAGUGUGAUCAAUGCAAGAAAUUGAAUGAAAUGAACGUGCAAGAGAUUCAAAUUAUAUAACAUCAUAUUAAAACAAUAUAUACAUCGGAGUGGAAUCAUAUCUGCAAUGGAUUCUGUAUGUGAAAACGAUAAAAAAAGUUUAUAUAUAUAUAAACUUUUCUUAUUAUUUUCACGUACAAAAUCCAUCAUCGAAGUGAUUCCAUGAUGUUACAAGACAUUGUAUAAAAUAUAAAAAUAUAAAAGUCAAAUUAUCGAUUGCCAAAAUUUAAAUUGACGAUUACAAAAAAAAUAUCUGCCAAGUUUCAAGAUUUCUUGAGAUUCUUGUUUUAAGCAAUACAAGAUAUGAAGUUGACUAUAUUCUGUCGUCAUCCUAUCGAUAUUUAUAGGUUGGCCCAGAUUUAUGUAACUUUGGUCGACAUGAAAAUCAAAAGCUUCGAAACAAGUCUCGAGGGUUCAAAAUGGCGAUUCUCAGCGACAAAAGGUUAUCGAAGUCAUGUGGUUAAUGUUUGUUAGUUGAGAUAUAACGAAAAAGAUAGGAUUCGUUGCUUUCUGGCGCAUAUAAUUUAAACGUAUCAUCUUUUCUUUCGUUUGUCGUGUAAUUCUUGAUAAAAAGAUUUCCACAAUGUUUAUGUAAUAUUUCAUCUCGAAUGUUUGUGUAAUAUUUCAUUUCGAAUAUUCCUCGCUUCUCUCGUUGAAUUUCUUUGCGAUAAUGAUAGAAUGAUCGGCUGAUUCAAUUAAAUGAAAAAUCUUUUCGUAAUCGAUUAUAACGCUUCUUGGAAACGAAGUAAGUAGUAAAUAAGAAGUGUCAAUUUAACUCCUUAAUUUUAAGUUUAAGAAGACAGUAUUACAUGUCGUAUUAACAAUUGUUAUUAAAUUUUUCACAUCGCAAAAAAAAAAAGAAAAUUACGCGAUUUAAGAAUUGAACUAAUGUAUUCACUGACAAUCCAAUUUAUUGGACAAAUAUUUAAAUCCUUUUCUUUCUCAAUUCGAUUAUAUAUUAAAGAGAAAAAUGAAAAGAUGAAUUAUAAAAAAAAUAUUAUGUCUAAUUGUGACAGGGAUGGAUAUCAGAAUUUUGAAUGCACUAAACGUUCCAUCUCUGAAUUUUAAAUACGACAAUCAAUGAAUCCAAGAAAUCAUUCUGAACAAAUUGUUGCAUUCUUUGUGGCUAUUAUACUAGUCACACGAUAAUAAUAAUACAUUGUUCUUUCUUGUUGUAUAAAACACUGGAAAGUUACAAGAGAAUUUAAUGAAAGAUUUCGAAAAAUCUGAGAAAAUUUAUGCUUACAUAUUCACGAAAACAUCGACUGCUAAUUGACUGUAUGUAAAUUUAUAAAUGUCAUUCCACUGCUGCUCCAAGUAUCGAAAAAUGAAAAAUCGAUUUUACACAUAAUGCAUUCGUGAUAUAAUAAUUUAAAGUAAAACACGAUAAUAUCUUGUUUUCAUCCGUUGAAAAAUCGUUGAAAAAAAAAAAAAAUAAGAUUUUUA